AUGUCGACUUCUACUCCUCCAAAUGGCCGAGUUGCCAGCCAGGAUCCGGAAGAACAUUCUGAAGACUAUCAUCUGUCCCUUCCUGCUUUUCACUCCCUUCGCGACAACUCAAGAGAUGGAGUGACACGAACAGGUUCUGUGGCCUCGGGCUCGCGAAGUCAUCGAAGUCGAAGUCGGAAUGCCGAACAGGAGCCCGGCCAUGUGUUAGACCGCCUCUCACACGGCAGCAGUAUACGGAGCGAUCCAGAUUCUAGAAACAGAGACAAGGAAAAAGAGAAUGGUGGCCGUCGACACAAUGUCGCUCGAAGCUCUGGAGGUUUCCUUCUCGAACCCGUAUCCAACUCGAAACAUCUCUCGCACACAUCACUAGCUCCGCAUCGGAAGGACUCCAAAGGGAAGAGAAAUAGUGAGGAAUCGGGCCUGUCGAUCUCAAAGAGGAGGCAAAGGAAUGGCGGUCACGCGAAUGCAUCCUUCAAAAGCUCUCCGCUUGCGAGUGAAGUCAAACAGGAUCCCGUUGUACACGACCAUCCCAACUCUGAUCAGCUUGUUCCCGGGACCGACGUUCGACGAUCCACGUCAUCCUCUCAAAAUGAUGGUCGAUUCGACGGAAGUUCAUCGAUGGGCUCACGCAAGAUUGAAGUCAAAAGAUCACCUAUGGCUGAUGUCGGAUACGACCACGACCCCGCGCAAAUUGUCAACAUGGCUCUUAGUUUGAGCGAAGGCCGACGGAGGCUCGCAUCUGUUAGAAGGUAUGUCUCGACCGAGCAAGGUGAACGUCGUGUCGUCUCGGCAGCGUCAACGACAAGCCCUCGAAACACGGUCAAAAGAAAAAGCAUUGCCCCAUUCCUGGCCCCUAAACGUCAAUCUUCCCGGAACGGCUCUCCAAAGCCUACGUUCACACCCCUGUACCAUGAUCCAAAUCAACCGACUUCAAUCCCCCCAACCGAUGCUGUCACAGCGGAGCCAGAUGAGCUCGAUGAUGAUAUGGAUUUUACGGACCAAAUCUCGCCGGCUACCGCAGCCCGUGUUGAGAAAGCAAAGCUGUAUUUUGAGCUUGCUCACGAGCAUCGUCGACUUCUUUCGCACCUCCCCCCCAUCCGACGACCAGGCAUUCUUCCACGAUCAUCCAGCCCCGAAGAAAUGCAAAAGGCGUACAAUCCUUUGCAAUAUGUCCGGAAUCGGAAGUUGCGCAUCUGGGAGAAGACUCCUAUUAAUAGCGAAGCGGAUGGCUGGCAUGAUGUCCAAAAAGUCAGAUCCUGGGUUGACGCAGUGGUUUCCAGCCAUUCAGAAAUACGACAUGACUCCACUGAGUGUGUUCGCUUGCCGCCACUGGAUCAACGAAGGGUUAAUUCACAUGGGGAUGACCCAGACACCUCGCCAGAUGAACCGAAAAAUGCCAUGUCACCCCGAAUACCGGAUCAGAUUCAUUCUAAACCAAGCCGACCCCGAUCGGAUUGGGUCACUCAUCCGGCAGAUAUGAUAGCUGACGCGUAUUGGCUGGAACAAGGCAUGAACAAGACCAAAAUUCAAGACCGAGACAACAAUCUGAUAUAUCCUCCCAAUACCCAUUUCAAAUUCGCUGGAUGGCGCCACGAGAAACCCGUGGACGUCCCCAGUAUUUUACAGCAACCAUCUCCAUCUCCAUCUCCAGAGCCGGAUCAAUAUAGCCCUGAAGAAGCGCCACCUUCGGCAUUGCCCGAACUACCGACUUUCAAGUCGGCCCAUCAUUCUCACAAACAUAGACGUCAUGGUCGUCGGAGAGAUAAAAUCAAAGAUUCUCUUCAGCCUAAAGAGAUAAGCAGCCCAGGAGAACGCACGCGAAUUCGCCGGAAGUUGUUUCAAGAUAGUAGUGAGUCCGAUUAUUCAGAGUCGACAUCUUCAGAUGAGGGAGCUCCUGAACGUGGUCGUAAGCGGUUGCGACGCAGGAGGCACGCAUCCCCUGGCACCGAUGACCGGGAAAAACAUUAUACACAUCCCCAGACUCAACUAUCCCCACAUAAGCCUGGACUGGGUCGCGGCAAUUCCAGCCCGGGGUCAUCCGGUCCAAAUUCCAAAAGAUCCUCUGUUGACCACACUGCUCUCAACAAGCUCUUUCGGGUGGAUAGCUUCAAAAAGUCCUCACCUUUGGCCAGAUCGCGAGUCAGGCAUGAAUCGUCCCGACCGACUUCCGUAAAGGUACCAAUUCGAUCAAGCCACGAACAGGAACGAGCACCCCGUGCAUCGACCGAAUAUGAUACGACCACUGCUCCAAACUCUCCAAAUGGCGUGGAAUGGCCAAGUAUUGCCAUCAACUUAUCACCACCUCCAAGUCGAAACACCUCACCAACGCGAAAACCAAUCUCUACAAUUUUACACCCGUUCUAUCGAAAGCCCCAUAAAGAACAAGGCCAAAUCAGUACCACCGAUUUUGCGCAGGUUCCACCAUCCCAUCCCGUCCACCAAGAUCGUGGAAGUGAUGUGGACAAGAAUUAUGAUAGUCCUGGCACUCGAGACACGAGCCCAAUGACGCGGGAUCUUAGUCCAUUGUCCAAGGAUCGGACGCACUCGACGCAACCAGAUGAUCUUGCCCUUCAUUCGUCGAAUGAACCCAGAUUCAGCACAGCAAGCAAGGUGAGUACGCGCUCUACCACGCACGCUGCAAGCGAUCAUUCGAAGAUUCGUGGUAUUUUUAAAGGAGGUCGGAUUGCUGAGAUCGUUGGGAACGAAGUGUCUCGCGUUGGGGAUUUCAUCUGGAAACGGGAUCCACCAUCGGUUGACAAACUCAAAGGAUCAGCUUCGGAUGGCAGUCUUCGAUCACACCAUGGAUCUGAUUCGGAGAAAGAGAUUUAUCAUCUAAAUGGAACGAUCUUGAAGACGCCGCCCCAGACUUAUCCUCGUUCGAGAUCAUCGACCGUCUCGAGUACCAAGAGUGAACGUAUAUCUCCCAACAUUUCAAAUUCAAGCCCUCCUUCAAGUGAUCGACCUCGAUAUAACAACCCGAACCUUCCCAGCUUCACUUCCCCAUUCCAAAGAGAUCGAGAACAACAGGAGAAGAAGCAGAAACUACUUGAGCCGGACAGCGCUCUUGGAAGGACUGAUUCCACAGACCAUAUCUCCCGGCUUGCUGCACAGCACCGUUCAGCUUCUCACUCACCUCGACUCGAUCGCAUUGGCUUGCCCAAACUCGACACUGGAGUUCCACGCACGCCGGAUGGUCUGACUCAUCGAAAGAGUUAUGGUUUUGGAUCGGCCCUGGACCUGAGCAGAUCUCGUGAUGCAUCCGAAUUGCUGAAUAAUGCAAUUGGCCCAGUGACAGGCGUCACACCUCUCCGACCAUCCCGAUCUACAGGUGAUUUAUCACAAGCAGAAGGGUUCGGGGACGGUCAAGAACUUAUGGAGCCUCCUGAAGUCUCAUGGCGUGAUAUUGGCCGUGCCGAAGCUCUUUUAUAUACCUCAACGGUGAAAGCACGAGAGAUUGGUCGUCGGGAAGAUGAUCCUGGGACCGAGCUCCCGAAGUUCCUCCUUGACACCCUCACUCCUGAAAACGAAGCCUUGCACUCAGCGACUCCGUUGCGUGUUAAGAAACGCGAUCAUCACAUUGUGGCGGCGCAAAAUAUUAUGAAGAUACUCGAGAGGUCCUCGUCAACCUUCAACUCCAAGUCGCAUUCGUUCAGUGCCUCCGUCGCCCCCAGUCUACAUAUUCAGCUCCAGACGCUGGAGGAUAUGGUAGAGAAUACCAUGACGCCUCAGGUGAGGAUGACAGCAGACGAUGCGGGAGAGCUGAGCAUGAAACUCACUACGACAAGCACGCUGGCUGUCAAAGAGUUGAAUGAUUCAAUCGGAGUUGCGUUUCGCAGGAGACGAAGGGGUCCCAUCCGAUUACUCCGCAAAAUUUGGUUCGCUGGCAUUGAGUGGACAGUUGUUGGAUUGCUGUGGUUCAUCUGGGCCAUCGUCUCUGUCAUCCGAUUUGUUCUGUGUCUCAUCAAUGGUGUGGUAACUACCGUGAGGUGGUUACUUUGGAUUGAUUGA